AUGAGAGACUUUCCUAAAACCAAUCCACAAGAACAAUCGACAAACUCAGAAAAGCCAACAAACUUUCUUGGUGUUCAACCCGAGAAAACGCUUCCUGGCAUUACCAAUACGUAUAAUAAUGUAAAUAGUACGAGCAAUCCGAAUACUCCAAUUAUGAACAUGCCUACUCCUUCCAUUGUUCAAAGCAAGAAGAAAGCAUUUAAGAGAAAAUAUGAUCCAAAAGACGAGGAUUGGGUCAUGAUGUAA